AUGCCGAGCUGUCAAACGAAAGAGAAAAUAGUUCAUGUGAAAAAUCCGCUUCCAUCUGAAGACAUCCACCUACCCGGUCCACACCCUGCGAGAGGUUUACCCGAGAAUUUUCGAAUAAUCUUUUGAUUGUUCAGGAAUUUACGGUUUUGCUCUCUACGUCUCUUCCUACUUUCUCUUGUUCGUCUAUCUUUUGUGGGCAAUUUUGCCGACGCCAGUUCUCAACCGUUUAGGUUGGUUUUUGGAAUGGUUGAACUCAGUAGAACUUCCUAAAAAAAUCUAAAAAGUUAUAAAAAAAGAUUCUAGGAAAAAUUUAAAAAAAUCUAAGAAAAAGUUUUGAUUUUUAAUUUAAUAGUCCUCAUGUGUCUUUGAGUACAUAUAAAAGUUUUUUUGUUUUUAUUCUUCGAAAUUUUAGUUCUGAUUUUCAAAAAGCAAUUUCAUUUUUUUAUGGUAAAAAAAUCUUUCUCAGACAUAUAUGUCUGCGAGGCGGUUAACAAUAGAGAAAAAUGUUAAUAGUCUGUUAAAAAUUUUUGAAUAUCAAGCCCCUGUGGCUACAGUAUCUUUCGCUAUAAUUCCGCUGUGCGCGUGAAGAUGAUCCUAUGAUAGCGCCUUAUUUUUUUUAUCUGCAAGCUUGAAAAAAGGUCAAUGGUUAUCGUAGCGCAAAACUGCUUGUGUAUUUGCGCUUUUGAAUAUUUCAGUUUUAGGGAAUGAAAUUUAUUUCUGAAAUUCGCAUUUUGGGAAUUUUUUAUGAGGAUCUACAAAAUUUAAAAAUAAAAAAUUUAUCAAAAAGCCAAUAUUCAAGGAAUCACCUACGUUCCGGCCAAGUACUGGGCGAUCGUUCUACCCUUCUCCCUGGUCUUUUCUGUCUGCGCCUACGUCACCGUCGUCUUUUUCAUCAAUCUCUACCGAUUCGGUGGCUAUUCAAUCUUCGACAACGUUGGGGUCUAUCAGAGUCACUUUUGA